AUUUCAGCACAGCUCAUCCUGCUGAGCCUGGCCAGUGUCGGUGAUGGCAGGACUCCCGAGCGCCGUGCUGUGUACCCUGUGGAUCUUUUUCUUUUCGUACACAACCAAUGAAGCAAUGGCUGCAGGGCACGUCCAGGAAUUUGCAUGCUUCACCGACUAUGACAAAGAGCUGGUUUGUCACUGGAAGGUGCCUGCGCACAUCAAUUGCUCCAAAGAAUUCCUGCUCUACUACAGGAAGGAUUUUUUUUCACCGACCUACGACAGGAAGGAUUUUUCUUCGCUGUCAGAUCACGUGUGUUUUCCCGAGAAUGGAAAAGAGAGUUUAAGGUGCUCUUGCACAAUACAUCCGGAUUAUUUUGUAUCAGGCCUCACAUAUAUUCUAGCUCUGCAGUUCAAUGGGACAGAUGUGUGGCACUACAGUGUUACACCAGCCCUGGUUGUUAAGCCAAGGGCCCCCAAAAAUCUUGCCAUUAAGAAAGUUGAAAAUGGUAAUUUCAAUCUGAGCUGGGAGGAGAGCUACUCUCCUCCAUCCAUGCUCACUGGACAGCCGGUCAUCUAUGAAGUGAAAUACUGGAGGAAGCAGCACCCGACAGAGGUUUCUGUAAAAGCAAUUAACUACCAGGCAAAAAGCUUUGAAAUUACUGCAAGCUCCUUGAGGAGAGGCUAUGAUUAUGUUGUGAGUGUAAGGUGUAACUAUACAGACUACCCGGCCUACUGGAGCGAAUGGAGCGAGGAAGUUGAAUUUCACUACGAUUACCAAGUAACGGCUGAAGACGUUCUGCAUAUGGCUGUUCCUGUGUCCUGCAUACUGAUCAUGGCAGUGUCUGUAAUCUGUUACUUCUGUUUUACCAAAGUGAAGAAAGAAUGGUGGGAUCAAAUCCCAAAUCCAGCAAAGAGCCAUUUGGUCGUAAAAAACGUCAAGCUUUCAGUUUUGUGCUACAUUGAUGAAAUUAAGUUCCCUUUCCAUGACUUAAAGCAGAGUCAGAUGGAAAACCAAAUAAGUUGCAAGAACUGUCUGGCUCAAAGCUUGUCAAGCCAGAACUUCAAGGGAAAAGAUAACAUCGGAAAUGUUGAGAAAUCUUGCAGUUGCCACAGCAAGACUGGAGAGUGGUUUCCAAAAGGCAGCAGUGCAGUUUUAACCCCUGAGACAAUUCUGGUCGAAGAGUCUAUAGAAAUCUGUGAAUGUUCAACAGCCAUUGAGGCUGAAAGCCAGGAAGAGACAAGUGACCAGAUCACCGCGUUUGAGCCUUGUGAGAGCAGCAUCGGUGCUUUCAGAGAGCACACUGAACACAACGAUGCGCUAGCUAGCAUGUUUAUUGAGCUCCUGGCAGAUGAAAACAACAUGCAAGACAAUAAAGACCCAGACAGCACCACAGGUGAGAAUAAAACCUUUGAGAAACUUGAGUCACAAAAUCCAUCACAGCAUAAUCCAAAAGAAAGCGCAGCCCAGAGUCAGCAGCCAUGUGAUACUUCUCAUACAGUCUCCCUUUCCACCAAAGCCUCUCAAGAUGACUACAAUUGUAGUACAGCCAGCAAGAAGUCAGAACAAUCAGAAGAAUCCUUUGAAUCUGGCUAUCGGAGCUCCAGCAUAAAUUCUGCUUCUCUGGAUACAAGAGAUCUGGUUCAUCAAAGCCUUUUUCCAUGCAGUUCUGAAAGUCAGCAUGACUUGUGUGUCCUGAUCCAGGAAUCUCCAAAUAAACCAUCCUUUGGGACCAAGAAAGACAGAACAAGCAACCCUGCACACAAGAGUUUUGAUGCCCUUGUGUCUCCAUCCAUGGAGUUGUGUAGCUCUGCCUACAAGAGCUGUGACACCCUCAUGUCUCCACCCGUGGAGCCCUGUGGUUCUGCCUACAAGAGCUUUGAUACUCUCGUGUCUCCAUCUGUGGAGCCCUGUGGUUCUGCCUACAAGAGCUUUGAUACUCUCGUGUCUCCAUCUGUGGAGUCCUGUAGUUCUGCCUACAAGAGCUUUGAUACUCUCGCGUCUGCAUUCAAGGAACCAAGUAGCUCUGCCUAUAAGAGCUUUGAUACCCUUAUGUCUCAGUCCACGGCUAACAGUAGCCUGACUCCAUGUUCUGAAAAUGUGUGCUCCUCACCACCUUUGACAGAGUUUUUAGAGACACCAGAACAUAGCUGCAGAGAUCAAAUUUAUCAUCCCCCUAGCAAUCAGACAUGUUACACCAACUACGGAUUGCCCUGCACUGAGCUUGAUUUUCGAAGCACCCGUUCAGAACAGACUGCUUUUCCAUCUUGCUCCACAUAUGCAAAUGACAGUGCGUCAGCUUUCCUACCAGGGGAAGAAAUACGUAAGCAAGUAACAUAUCAAAAUGUUCAAAAGGAAGCCAAUAUAAUUUCUUGCCCCAUCAGAUCUCAACCGUCUGGUUAUCAACCUUUUGAUAAUGCAGUUAAAUGUAACAGUACAUACUGUGACAAGGACAGUGAGGUUAUCUCUGGGUCACUAUAUGAACCCUUCGUUCGUCUUUUGUACAACAACUUGAGAGAAGCACCCCCAGAUACCAUCAUCUGUGAACCUGGCCAGAGGAGAGAUGACCACAUAUGUUUGGUUGUACAGGAUUUUGACUGCAGCGUUGCCCCAGGUUUAGCCUCUAGUGACAGUGCCACACAGACCAGUGACAGCAGCCUUUGGAUCAUCAACUCCAGUGAGCUGUCUAGUGAUAGCAAAGAUGAAAAUACCAGCAGAGACAAACAGCUCUUGCAUUCGUUGGAGCUGAACUGUCAGGAUUUUAACAGCGGAGAAAGAACUAUCAAGGGGACGAAACCUAACGGCUUUAACUGUACUGGCAAAGGAAUGCAAGAGAGCAGCAGUGACAGACUAAAGGCCGACCUUCACCGCCACAUGCACACCCACUUGGGGGAACUUGGAAAUGCAGGGGAAAAUAAAGAGGCAAUAAAGCACGCGGUAGGCAGGAGGUGUGGCUCAGCAGGUGGCCUACCAGAGGAGUCAUUAGGCAGCAUCGGGCUGACCUUAGAAAGAAAAACUGCAGAGCCCCUGGAGCUCCUGGUCUCAGAGGAGUUGUCAACCCCUCUUUUUGUGGAUAAUUCCUGCCCUUCUGAUUCUCACACCAUUCACAGCGAGGGUUCCAGACUGGCACCUGCAGUUAAAAAAGGACCAGUAGAACUGAUGAAGGAAAACAACAAGAAGAAUGAGAAAAAAAUGAAACUUGUACAAGCCCUUGUACAGGAGGACAACUGCUACAUGAAGGUAGCCUAGCCACACGUGCCAAGACAGAGCCAAACCAGCCUGUGGACAUAAACUGUAUGGCAAAUUGAAAUGUUGCUCGUUCUUCCAGUCUUCCCAGAAGCGAGGGCUGCUGCGGCUCAGGCAUGGAUUCUGUGGGUUGUAACACUCGUGCCUGCUGCAGGGCCUGCAACCAGUAUGUGAUGCAGGCCCCUGGGGAACAGCAGGGGUUAGCACCUAGCAACUGCAGCUACAGCUCUGUCGGGGGACGAAGCCAGAGCUAAAGCUUCUCUGGCCGUGACUGUUCUCUGGAAGUGAGCAGCAGCUGCGUAACGUAGGAUUCCUUAGUACGGCUCCUGUAGUUGCUGCCUCGGCUGGGUGCCUUGCUCGGGAAGCACAGCGAGGUGAUGUGGGAGGUGCCAACACACCCGGGGUGGGAGGUGGGUGCAGCUCAGAGGGGAAGUAACUGGGGCUGGCAGCAUCACACAGCUUCUGUAGCAUAUUUACUGGGGGGCGGGAAGGGGAGCGCCUGUGCCUCGCCCCAG